GGCAGUCGAGGUUUUCUUCUCUUAGCAGCUGCGCAGCACACAACAGAAAAGAAAACAGAGAGCAGAGAGAGAUGGGGAAGAAAGCGAAGAGCUCGAGAAAAGGGAAGAAAGCUUGGAGAGCGAAUAUAAGCACUGAAGACAUAGACGAUUUCAUUGAGAAAUCUACCAAAGACGCUCUCUCUGGCGGUUCGCUCUCCCAUGUACCGACUGAGUCUCUCUUCUUCGUCGAUAAAUCAAAAGAUCUUUCUGUGAAGCGGAAGAUUGAGAAGCAUAGAGAAAAGGUACUUCGCGUUGACAGCAUACUGAAGAAGAAUCCUUUUGUUCAAACGUUGCCGUCUUCGAAUCAGAAGCAAAAUAGGAAGAAAUCUAAGAAAACCCAGAAAAAUUCUGAUGUGACUCGAGAUGAUCCUAAGGAUGAUGGUGGCAUGGUUGAUUUGUGGGAAAAUGAAGGUGAAUGCAAUAACAAAACUAGAAAGGUAUCCAUACCUUCAGUUAUUCCAGCAGUGGAAGUUGAGCCUCCAGGUUGCUCGUAUAAUCCUUCAUUUGAGGCUCAUCAGGAUUCUUUAGCUCAAGCUGUCGCAGAGGAAAUGCAGAAAGUGUAUCAAAGCGAGUUGGGACCUCAGCCUGUUCCAUUAACUGUUCCUGGGGACCAGAGAGUGAUUGAUGAAGAAGAUAUGUACUUCCUUGAGGCGGAUAAUGGUGAUGAUAAUGAAGAGGAUUUAAAUGGGAAUGAGGAUGCUGCACUAGAAAAAAACAGGUCUAAUAAAACAAAGAGGGUCACCCGAGUUGAGUUGAAUAGGAGAGCUAGGCUCAAAGAACAGCAGAAAAAACAAGCAGAAUCCAAGAAGAAAGAAGAAGUUUCAAAAGAAAUUGAUUCCUUGCCAGAUAUCAUUAAGGAAAUAGCUGAAGAAGAUGAGGAGAAGCAGAAACGACAAAUCCGGCGAAUGGUAGCUAAGCAAGAAAGGCUAAAAAUACGUCCACCGCGCUUGGGAAAGCACAAAUUUGAUCCUGCUCCUUCUCAAGUACUAUUAUCUGAGGAAAUCACUGGUUCUCUCCGGAAGCUGAAGGGUUGCUGCACCCUUCUAAGGGACCGAUAUAAAAGCUUGGAGAAAAGAGGAUUGGUUGCACCAUCUGCCAAAAAUCGAAGGAGAUAAUCGAAUGGAUCCUCAGGAACCCUUGAUUGUGUAUCAUUUUGGUGGGGUAAAGCAAAUCAGAUGCGAUUCGGUGUGAGAAGAAGCUGAGUUUUUGGAUAUGAAGAUGGAUGCCAGGGCCUCGUAAUUGGGUUGUCAUGCUCACAGCUCCAUUGGAAUUUUACUAAAAUGCCAGUUAUUAGUCUUCCAUUUGUAUUCCAUAUUUAAGCUGUUAGAAUCACUAAUAUUUUAGUAUGAAAUUUGAACUUGUAUUUGAAUUUAUUUGUAGUUCCAAAAUUUUGAUGGUUUAGAUUGAAGUAAAGAAUGCAAGUAAAGUAAAUUUUUUGUUGCAUUCUUUAAUUUAA